AUUUUACUCUUUCCUCUUCCAUUUUAUGAGCAGCCGCUCCUUUCUUUCAUUUUUCCAACUUCUUCUUUCAAUAUUUUAUCAUAAACUCACAUCUACAUCAUCUCCUCUUAUCAACCCACAACAUGUUUUCAUCUGUUCCUGCUUCACCUUUGCAUAGACUUUGUAAAGAUCUCUUUCGCUUUCUCGGCUAGAUCUUGACCUUCAAAGACAUGUUUUUAAAAAAUCAUCACCAUAUAAAGUAUCUCCUUUAUUGCCUCUACAAAACCCACAAAAAAAAUAUAGAUAGGUGGCCACCGUACCGGCAGAAACAGCCGCCGCACCAGGAAAGUACUGCAUUGGUUUUGAAACACGAACAACAUAAAAAUACACUCCUCCAACAUAAAAAUCUAUUAUUUGCUUCUUCUGUAAUGCCUAUGCGUGUGUGUUACUGUUAACUUUUUUAAUUUUUAAAAUUUUUAAAAUUAAUAAUAAUAACUAAACGACGUCGUUUUGGCCUUUUAGGUGAAAAAAAAGAACGUGUGUAAUCAAACCGGCGGUUCGGUGAACCGGCCGGUUCACCGGUUUUUACGGUUUUUCCGUUUUUUUCCGGUUCUCACCGGUCUAACAGCUUAUCCGAUCCAACGUGUGAACCAGACCGGAUCUCUUCCGGUUCCCGGUUCGACCGGUUCGACCGGUCGGUCCGGUCCGGUUUUUAAAACACUGAAUCUAACUCUCAUUCAUUCUCCUCUUCGUCUCUCUCCAUCCUCUUUAUCUUUUUUAAUGAUCCAAUCACACUUUUUAAACUUAUUUCCAUUGUCCAAGACAAAUGCACAACAAAGGUCAAAGAGCUUCACCUUUUCUUCCAUGAAAACAUGUCUUCUCUAACCUUCAAUCAUCAUUUGUUCCUGCCAUUUUUUUUCUUACAAUAUUUUGUCUGUCUCUCAUAACAACAUGCAAGACACACAACAUCUUUCUUCCUCACUUAUCACCCUAUACCAUCUUCAACCCAGAUCUGUUACUCCUCCACCGCACGUACGAUCCCACCUCAAACCUUGUUGUUGAUUUGAUUUAGACCCGAUUAAACUCAACCCCCUAACCCGUCCACAGCUCAACCCGUACCCGUUUGACUCGAUCCGUUAUCCGCUCGUGAAAGAGAAGAGAGGCUAAUUUGGGAAUUGUGUGAUACUUAGCUGAAAAUGUCUUCCACCCUUCCAUUGCUGCCACAAGAUCUCAUAACGGAAAUCCUUGCAUGGCUUCCAGUGAAGAUUCUCGUGAGAUUCACUUCCGUUUCGAAACACUGGAAAUCACUCAUCUUCGAUCCAAAUUUUGCAAAACUUCAUCAUCAAAGAUCACCCAAACAUACACACGUCCUACUUACCUUAUUUGACUACGAAGAGGUAAACAAAGAUGAUUUCCAAGACAACAGCAACGUCGAUACAUCUUGGGCUGUAGCUCCAUUCUGGGUGCGUCGUUUGCUUGAACAACCGUCAUCCACUGUCAAUGAAGACGGUUGUUUCCGUACUGACGAGGGAACUUCUUAUGCAAUUGGUUCUACCAACGGCUUGGUGUGUUUGAUGGAGGAUAUUUCACAACAGAAAGGAAUUCAAGGAAUUUGUAUUCGGUUCUGGAACCCUAGUUUACGAUUAAGAUCCAAAGAGUCACCCACUUUGACCGUAAUCCGGGCCUACGCUAACCUUGGAUUUGGCUAUGAUGAUUCAACUGACACAUACAAGGUGGUGGCUGUGUUUUGGGAUCGUACGACGCAGAAAAUGGAGGGGAGAGUUCAUUGUAUGGGUGAUAGCUGUUGGAGAAAGACUCUCGCUUGCCCUGAUUUUCCAAUUCUCCUAGGACCUGGCUUAUUUGUGAAUGAUAGUGUUAACUGGUUAGCAGUUGACAACUUAAAUGGUCAUAAGUAUAAAUGGAAACAUGUUACCAUCAAACAGUUGGUGAUUUUUUCGCUCGAUAUGCCAAAGGAGACAUGUAAGUAUAUGUUGCUGCCUGAAGGUUUUUGUGAACUUCCUGAAGAAGAACCUGAUCUUGCUGUUUUGAGGGGUCGCCUAUGCCUUUAUUAUAACCACAAGGGAACCCAUUUUGUUUUGUGGGAAAUGAGUGAGUUUGGAGUUCAAAAGUCUUGGACUAAGUUGGUGAAUGUUAGCUAUGUGCAUCUUCAAUUUGAUGGUUUUGUGAAUGGUUGGCUACCGUUUCCAGUGUGUCUAUCCGAAAAUGGAGAUAUCUUGUUGUUAACUUGCAGACAAGUUGCUGAAUAUGUUGUUAUGUAUAGCCUACGAGAUGAUAGAGUUGAAAAUAUUGAACUUCCUAACAAUGAUAUUUGGCAUGCCAAUGAACAUAUGCAGAGUUUAGUUUUGCCUCUUCCUCGUCCACAUUAAGCUCCUAUGCAGCAAUUGUUUUUCUGAAUUUAUGUUUGAUUGUGCAAGUGGUGGCAUGGCUAAUGAUGUUUCCUUAUUUGUGUUUUCCUUAGCUGGUUUGGCCAUUUUGUUGGAUGAAUACUUUUAUAUUUAUUAUUAAUAUUAUGAGUUAAUUGCUCAGAAAGUAGCCAGAGUUAA